AUGACUUCAGAUGCAUUAAGUGUCUCACGCAGAAAAUUAAACGAAGUAUUGGGUGACAAAUCUACAAAAUAUUUCAACCACAUGAAGCAAUGGUUUCGCAUGAAAUUGACUAAAGAAGAAUUUGAUGCUGAAGCUCGAACUUUACUGACUAUAGACCAAGUACAUUAUCAUAAUGAAUUUUUAUUAGCACUUUUGAACAAAGUUGAAGGCUUAGCAGAAACUUCUAUAACUAUAGCACAAGAGAAAGCUAGUUCACACAUUAGGAAUAGCAGACGUCACAAAAGAAGCUCUCGUACUUCAGAAAAGUCUAACUUCGAAACCGCUGAUCUGUUAGAAUAUUUACCUCCAAACUCUCCACCUGGGGCUGGAAGUGAUGGUGUCAAAUAUGCUGCACAAGAAAUUUUUCUACCAGACCAUGCAUUGAUUGUUGGACGGUUUAUGCUUGCGGCGUGGGAACUUGGCCUGGAAGGAGCAGAUGAUGAAGCAGCAGAUUUGAUUGUAGUUGCUGUACAAAAUUUCCUUAAAAAUGUUAUUAGCGCUGUUAUAUCACAGCGUAAAGGAUAUAAAACUAGAAAUACACAUUUCACAUAUGAUAUUGGUGGAGACAUGUCUAAUAUGUGGCUUCGGAAUUCCAAUAAAUUAUAUGAUCCACAAGGCGAAGGCAGAGUCAAUUUAGAUGACAGCACUGAUGCUUUGGGUCCACGAUGUCCACCAACUAUAGAUGAAGUAGAACAAUCAGCAGUUCUUGAAAUUGCUUGCAGUGUUCCGAACUCAGAACAAAACGAUGAAAAACUCACAAUUGACGAGUUCUACAAUACUCUGCUUACUCAUAAAAAUAUUGUUGCAUGUCAUUCAGUAUAUGCUGUUAAUAUGGAGAGAUUAGCUGUUAUGUUAAGUCACCCUAGUUAUUAG